UUCAGUUUCUAAGCAACAUCAAAUUCUAACGGUCGGUGGUAUUUCAGGAAGCAGCUUAUAGUAAACCGUUAAACUUUUUCAUGCUAUUCAGGCGACUCUUUAGUUUAAGAAAAACGGUAAUUCACUUAAAGUUGACAAUUUUCGAAAUGGUGAUAUUAACUUUUGGCUUUUAAUUUUGGAACUGACGCUGGAUACGUUUUUAAAACAAUCGCAUCGAGUGGUCGGCUAAAGUAAGCUAAUGGCACUGGGAACAUUCAAACUGGGCAGUUUGGAGGUUACUGAGAUUGAUUACUUCAAAUUCUGCUGCGGUGUCUGCGCUUUUGGCCCUGAUAACAUUGCAGCCCUGAACAACUCAGAUGCAACCCAGCAGGGGGGUGGGGGUGCUGGCCCUGGGGAAACCACAAGGCAGUUGCAGUCUAGCCAGAAGUAUGGCAGAUAUGAUGACUCUCCUAGUGGUUUUACUUCUGGCUCAGCCGAAGCCACUGGAGGACUCACUAGCUCCAGUGACAAUACCCCUGCCCGUGACCAGGCCUCAGACUUUAAUGCUUUAGUCCACGAGAUUCAAGACCUUCAGAAGAACCAAGUUCCUUUUGAGAAAUACUUCGAAAACUUAAAAGCUCUUUACCAACGGGAGUACGCCAUGAUUGUGGAUGCCCUACAAGAGGAACGAUACAGAUGUGAACUUUUUGAAGGACAGCUUAAAGAUUUCACAGAGCUACAUCAGAAUGAGAUUUUGAUCUUGAAAGAGGAGCUGGCCAGCAUGGAGGAGAAAAUUGCAUGCCUGGCCUACGAAAGUGCAACUGAUGUCCACGAGGCGCUGGAGGCUUGUCAGACACGUCUCUUCAGGAUGGAGCAGCAUCAGCAGGUGGUACAGCUCGAAGGUUUAGAGCAUGACACUGCACAAACACUUGGAAAUUCUAUCGAGGUGCUGACUACACUUAUGGCAAUCCUUCUAGUAUUUGGGUCUGUGUUGGCCAACUGUAUAAUCCCUCUGUUGAAAACAUGCAGCCACACCUUUUUUAUACUGCUUUUUGUACUCUUUUUCUCUCUGCAAGUAGUGGGAUGCGAGUAUCUUGAUACAUUAAAAUUGUCUCAUCCAUAACAUCUUUACAUGUCCAGUAGCCAACAGCAGUUUACGGUUCUGGUCGAAAUCACUUUCAUCACAAGUUUAAAAGUGGAAAAAGAAAACAUGGCACAAAGGAGCUCAAAAAAUUAAGAUUUUAUUGCAAAGUGAAAUAGUUUAAAAACAUCAGUUAAUAAUUACAACAUUACUCUACAGCCUUCUUCCCUCGCUUCCCAGGUGCUUUUGGAGCAGAGGCAUCACUUCCUGCUUUAGCAGCCUUACUCUGGGAAGCCUUUCCUGCCUUUGCCUCCUUUGUAGUCUUCGUCACCCCUUUAGUCGUUUUUGCUGACUUCUUUAUGGCUGAAUCGGCGGUUCCCUCACCGUCGCCUUUCACUGCAGCUUUUUUGGCAGCUGGCUUUUUUGCUGGAGCAGGCUUUGCCGGAGCCCCUUCGUCUUUCUUUGACUUUUUGGGAGGCUUUGUAUCCUGACAAAAAAAAAUUCAGAGUUAAAGGCUUUAGCAUAAAUUCUAAUGUUUUUAAGUUCAUUUGAUUUAUUUAUCAUUUGGGUUUACAUUUACAGGACACUGCCCUUCACAACCAUGUAUGCUUGUCCAACCCAUAACCACAAACAUGCAAUACAUACAAUUUGGCAAUGGUUACGUUUUUAAAGACAAAUCUUCCAGUGGUACAUUUUUUUUCUGACACCAAUGUCAGACUUUAAUAGCACACAAGCAUCCUCUCACCUUCUUUUCCUUGGUCUCUUCAUUUUCUGUCUCCCUCUUCUUUGUG